AUCGCCUCUAAUUGAUUAAUUCACCAGAAACCGGGCACUCGCCGAGAAGACUCGGCUGGAGAUGCAGUCGAGCGGCAGUCCGAGUGGCGAGAGUCCCCCCAGGUCGUCGUGCUGCGAGCGGGAGAGGCAGGACCACGAAGAGCGCGGCGACAGGAGUUCCCGGCAUUGCGCGACUUCGGGCUUGUCCUUGGCCCUCGAGGAUCGGGAACUGUGGACCAGGUUCCAGUGCAUCACCAACGAGAUGAUCGUCACGAAGAACGGAAGACGAAUGUUCCCGGUGGUCAAAGUGAUCGCCCGAGGUCUGGAGCCGGCGGCGAUGUACACCUUGCUCCUGGAGUUCGUGCAAGUCGACCCUCACAGGUGGAAGUACGUGAACGGCGAGUGGGUGCCCGGAGGUAAGGCCGAGGUGGCUCCUCCGAAUCCGAUCUACAUCCACCCCGAGAGUCCGAAUUUCGGGGCCCACUGGAUGAAGGAAGCCGUGUCGUUCGCGAAGGUGAAGCUGACGAACAAGUCCAACGGCAACGGGCAGAUCAUGCUCAAUUCCCUGCACAAGUACGAGCCCCGCGUGCACCUGGUUCGCGUGGGCACGGAGGAACAGCGGACCGUGUUGACGUACAGGUUCCCGGAGACCCAGUUCAUCGCGGUGACCGCGUACCAGAACGAGGAGGUGACCAGUCUAAAAAUCAAGUACAAUCCAUUCGCCAAGGCUUUCUUGGACGCCAAAGAGAGACCCGUCGACCCGCAGUCCUAUCCGCAGUAUACGAGCGCUUGGUUUCUUCCACAGCCCACCGUGGGCUACGAGUACAAUCCUGCGAUAGCCGUAGCGCAGGGCCAAAUGCCAAGUGGCCCGGGGAACCUGGGGAACGCUUGCACCAUCUCUGCGAAUCACAAAUCCUCCGGAAGGCCGGCACCGUACACUCUCAGGCAUAAAUAUCUGCAAGAAGAACAACACGUGGAUCCGUACAGUCCCGUGCCGCUUCUGCACUCCGCAGCCUACGUAGCAGCUACGGGAUGGUCGCCUCGAAGCCCGGAACCAAUGGGUAGCCUGAACUCCGCGUUGACCCAGGACUGGCCCUCGUCGCCUUCGCCUUCUCCGACGUCUUCGGCAGCUGCCGCGGCUUCGUACUCUCACUCCGUCCUGGGUCGACACGCAGGGUCGACGACGACGUCGACGACGACCACGACCUGUGCCCUCUACGUGCCUUCGGCUCCUCCAGGGUGCAGUCCCGUUCCCCAUGAGCACGCCCACUGCACGGACUCGUCGGGAUGGCUGCAUUCCUCCGCAGGAGGCGACCAGAUGCAGCAGCAACAGCAACAGCAGCAGCAACAGCAGCCGUACCUCAAUCUGAACCUACAUUUGCAUCACCAGAUCUCUUCGUACCCCUCCGGAGCACCCGGGACUCUUCAUCAGACUCUUCACUCGUCCAACGGUGACCCCAACUCGGUGUCUUCUCCCGCGCAGCACGAUUAUGCCCCGGAGUACCAUCACCCUGGGCCUCCGACGCACCACCAGCUUUUGCACCUGCACCAGCCGGAGGGGCCAACGGCUCCUCCUGCAGAGUACGAUCCUCCGAAGGAGCACGAGAUCGCUUACGCGGAUCAGGGGAACCCCGAGGACGAUGUCUCGGUGGAGAGCGACCGGAGAUACGCCGCCACGGUGAUCGACCAUCGUCAUGCUUCUCAUCAUCAUCAUCAUCCUCAGGAUCCGUCGAGCGAGGAUCACCAGACCUGGACCCCGCUGACUCCUCCACCGGCACCGCAGACUACGGCGAUAUGAUAGUUUCAUCCGGACUGUAGCAGAUUAAAUCGUAAUUAGGAGAUUCCGACCAUGAAAUUGUUUCGUUGGUUCCCAAGUAGGCUGUCGAGAGAUUCCGUCCUGCUCUGAGUGCAUGCAGAGAUGAAUUAGGUGUAAAUAAAUUCCUCCGGUAAAGUGUAGCAGCGAUGCAGUUGCAUGUCUCCGUGCAUAAUGAGUCCAGGCUUGUACACUUUUAAAUAAAUAAUUCCGUCUAAUAAUGCAAGUUUACUGUGAACUGUACAUAAGUUCCUUCGACAAAGUACAUUAUCCUCGUUACCUUGUAGUACAUCUUGUAGAUAUCUGCGUUCCCUAAACGUACGAAAGGUACACCACCCUUCUGCAUACAUAGAU